AAACGCGUAAUCAAAGUCAUAUUGUUAUUAUCAAACCUACUCCGCAUGGUUCGCAAUAUUUGUUUGUUUUUUGUUUUUAAAAUUUAUUUUUUGAUAGCACGUUGCCCCUUUUGACAAAACGGUGCACCAGGCACUUUGGGGUCGUGUGCGGCAAUUUAGUGUUCAUCGUAUCACAAAUUAAGAUUGCAUCUCAACGCAAAAUAUAAUGUAUGGCCUAUGGCUCGUGUUCCAAAAAAUACAUGAAAAGUUCCAUCAUCGGUACAGCUUCCCUGAUAGGGUCGUUGUAUGUUAUGAUUCAGUUCCAUUGUAGACACCAUCUGAAACAGACGCGUAAUCGAACAACGCUAGAACAACAUGUGGCCGUGCGUAAGGCCAUUAAUUGUGAUAAUCUUCGUAGGUGCUGCUCAUGGAAUGCUGGUCGUGGGUCCUACAUUCAUUCGGGCCAAUCAGAACUACACAGUUGUUGUUAGUAAUUUUCUACCACAUCUGAGCAAGGUAGAGUUAACGUUGCGGAUGGUGGGCGAAUCGGACGAUGGUAGAACGAUUCUUAACGUAACGGAGAUAAUUGAAGUGUGGCGGAGGACGACUAAAGAUAUUACGUUCCAUUUGCCUGAAGACUUAUCAGCUGGGAAUUACCGAAUCAUUAUUGAUGGACAACGUGGCUUCAGCUUUCACAAAGAAGCCGAAUUGAUGUUCCUCAGCAAAACCAUAUCUGGUUUAAUACAAAUUGAUAAGCCCGUGUUCAAACCCGGCGAUAAGGUUCAAUUUCGGGUGAUAGUGCUGGACGCUGAGCUGAAACCUCCUGCACGCGUAAAAACAGUUCAAGUGACGAUCCGCGAUCCUCAAAACAAUGUGGUCCGGAAGUGGUCAUCGGCAAGAUUGUACGCCGGAGUGUUUGAGAAUAAUCUUCAAAUUGCGCCAACUCCAAUGUUCGGGAUGUGGAACAUCUUAGUAUUGGUCGACGGAGAAGUACUCGUGUCCAAGACAUUCGAGGUAAAGGAGUAUGUGUUGUCUUCAUUUGACGUAGAGGUGGUACCAACCGAUGUUCCUCUGGAGGAGCACCAAAGUUUGAGUUUGACGAUAACAGCCAACUAUCACUUCGGAAAACCAGUGAAAGGGCAUGUCAUGGUGGAGCUGUACUUGGAGGACGAUAAGCGAGAUCAGGUGAAAGAGUUCGAAAUGUCCGGGAUUGGACAGGUGACUCUCCGUUUCAAUGAAGAACUGGAACUGUUCAACGAUCAACAGGAUGUACUUGUAAAGACGACCUUCGUGGAGCAGUUUACAAGUUGGACUGUGGUGAAAGAAUCUCAAAUCACUUUGUACAAACAUCCGUACCGCGUGGAACUGAUCAAGGAAAGUCCACAAUUCCGCCCAGGUCUUCCCUUUAAGUGUACGCUUCAGUUCCGAUAUCACGAUGGAACCCCUGCUAAAGGUGUAACCGGUAAGGUGAAAGUGAUGCAGGUCGGAUACGAAACAACCGCCACUAGUAAUGAUGAAGGUUUGAUCAAACUGGAGCUGAAUCCGAGCGACCGUACAGACACGAUGAUUGUAUACUUUUCUAACGAAGAUGAUGGAUUUUUCUUUAACGAACAAGUGGACAAAGUGGAAGUCUUGACGAAUGCAUACCUGAAACUGGAAUUAACAUCUCCUGUUGUGUUGCAUAGUAUGUUGCGAUUUGUGGUUACAUGUAGCGAUGGUGUUAAAUUCUUCGCGUACUACGUUGUGUCGAAGGGCAAUAUCGUUGAUUCCGGAUUUACCAGAACGAACCAGCAGACCAAUCAUCUGCUUCGGUUCAUGGCCUCAGAGAGGAUGCUACCGAAGGCGAGAAUUAUUAUAAUAACCGUAGCUAACCAAAUUAUGGUUCACGACGUUCUGGACAUAAAUUUCAAAGAGCUACAAAACAAUUUUGAAUUGAGCAUAGACAAGCAGAAUGUUAAGCCGGGAGAGCAAAUCGAACUCCGAAUGUCUGGACGACCGGGAGCGUAUGUGGGAUUGGCUGCUUACGACAAAAGUUUGCUGUACUACAACGCCAACCAUGAUAUAUCCUGGGAGGACGUCAUGCAACUGUUUGAAGGAUUUCAUGCGAUCGAUGAGAAUGAGUUUGACAUGUUUGAUAAUACAGGACUGUUCGCGAAGACGUUGGAUGACAUCAAGUUUAAUGAAGUCCACGAUAUGUCGGCACGACAUGGACUGCAGACAAGCAAUCCCAACACCAAAUUACCCUUGUACCGGACAAACUUUCCAGAAUCGUGGUUAUGGAAGAAUGUGACCAUUAGAAGAUCUGGAACACGUACAAUUUACGAGGAUGUGCCAGAUUCGACCACAUCUUGGUACUUGACGGGGUUCUCCAUUGAUCCGGAGUAUGGUUUGGGCAUCAUCAAAAAGCCCAUUCAGUUCACAACAAUCCUACCAUUCUACAUCGUGGAGAAUCUUCCGUACUCCAUCAAACGAGAUGAAGCGGUUGUGUUAAUGUUCACACUGUUUAACAAUCUUGAAAGAGAGUACAACGCUGAUGUGACUCUGUACAACGUGUUCAAUCAGAUGGAAUUUAUUGGACGACCAGUGGAAGCUGAAAACUACACGAAAUCAGUAAGCAUUCCUCCGAAGGCUGGUGUGCCGAUCUCAUUUCUGGUAAAGGCACGAUCACUCGGAGAGAUCACUGUACGGAUUGAAGCUACGAUUAAGUCUAUUCAAGAAAAGGAAGGACUGGAGAAAGUGAUCCGUGUCAUGCCAGAAAGUUUGCUACAGCUAAAGCAAGAAUCUCGAUCGUUUUUCUUCGAUACAUACAGCCAUCGCACCUUCUCUAUUUAUUUAGAUAUCAAAUGGUCGAAGGUAGACAAAGAUUCGAUAAAGAUUAUGUUCCGAGUGAAUCCCAAUCUGCUUCAAACUCUUACUAUAACAGACUUGGAUGAUCUGCUUACUGACUCGAGGGGUAAUGGAGAGCAGAACAUGAUUACCUUGGCACCAAAUAUCCUGGUGCUCGACUAUUUGCAUGCUACUGGUUUGGAGGACCAGAGUCUGAGAGAUAGCGCUACCAGUUUGUUGCGCCAAGGGUACCAAAAUCAGAUGCGUUAUCGUCAGACAGAUGGAUCAUUUGGUGUAUGGCAACAUUAUGGUGGCAGCGUCUUCCUUACUGCUUUCGUCACAAAAUCGAUCCAAACGGCGUCGAAAUAUAUAACCAAGUUUGAUGUGGCUAUGGUCGAGAAGGCUUAUGGUUGGCUUGCUUCAAAGCAACACAGCUCGGGAAGAUUCGAUGAGGUCGGUUACGUGAUCAACAAAGAUAUGAAAGGUGGUCUGGGUAACGGCAUUACAUUGACCUCGUUUGUGGUGACAGCGCUUCUAGAGAACGAGAACGCCAAAGUAAAACACGCGUCAGUGAUCCAGAAGGCAAUGAACUAUCUCAGCAGUAAUGUGGAAUACAUCCGAAAUCCUUACGAUCUGUCCAUUGCGACCUACGCGUUGAUGUUGUACGGACAUGAAAAGAAGACUACAGCGUUAGAAAAGCUCGUCGGUCUUUCUACUACCACAAAUCAUGAUAACGAUAUGGUACGGUACUGGAACACGACCAACAGCAUAGAAGCGACCGCUUACGCGUUGUUGUCAUUUGUAUUAGCGGAGAAGUAUGAGGACGGUUUUCUGGUGAUGCGAUGGCUAGUGAAUCAACGCUAUUUUACCGGAAGCUUCCCACGCACUCAGGACACCUUCGUAGGACUAAAGGCACUGACAAAGUUGGCGGAAAAAAUCUCUCCCUCCCGAAACAACUACACCAUACAGCUGAAGUAUAAGAAGGCUACGCGGUAUUUCCACAUAAACUCACAACACGUGAAUAUUAUCGACUUCGAGGACAUACCGGUGGACACAAAGUAUCUGGAGAUCGUCGUCGAUGGUAUCGGGGUUGGAUUAUUGCAGGUGGUCUAUCAGUACAGUUUAAAUUUGUUGAAUUUCGAGAAUCGUUUCAUGUUGGAUCUGGAGAAACAGAAUACGACCUCUGACGACGAACUUCGACAAGUGGUCUGUGCUAACUUCAUUCCGAAAGGGUCCAAUGAACGUUCCCACUUGGCGUUGAUCGAGGUGACCUUCCCGAGCGGAUAUGUUGUCGAUCGGAAUCCCAUCAGUGAGCAGUCUUCCAUUAAUCCGAUACAGAACACCGAAAUUAGGUACGGCGGCACAUCCGUUGUUGUGUAUUACAACAAUAUGGGCUUCGAGUGGAACUGCUUUACCGUGACGGCUUACAGACGGUUGAAGGUGGCUCUGAAGCGUCCAGCAUAUGUAGUCGUGUACGAUUAUUACGACCCCAGUGAGUAUUUAAGAUGCAAAUGGUUGGAAAAUUCCACUGACGAGAAUUUAUUUUCAAUUUGUAUUCUUUUUUAGCUUUGAAUGCCAUUAAAUUGUACGAAGUGGAUAAUCAAAAAGUUUGCGACAUAUGCGACGAAGGUGAUU